UGGUCAAGAGUAAGACGCGUACGCGCGGUGGACAACGGAAGGUUACGUCUGAAAGUGGCUAGAGAAGGGGUUCAUGUGGAAUUGGAGAGAAGACUCUUUACGAGCCAGAGUCUUUCAUCUUAUCUUGUAUCUAGCUUGUGUAGUUUUCUUUUAAAACGUUGUGUCGUUUAUUGACGUGGUUGUUAGAGUGCGUGUAGUUCUGUGAUAGAACAACACUAUUAAGGGAUCCCAAACCCGGAUCUAUUACUCUCCUAAAUUACCUUUCGGUUUAAGAGAUUCCUUCGCCGUCGGCGAAGAUGCUGCAGCAUCAGAUCGUACAAUCUCCGGCGAGAUUAGGGUUACCAGGUCCUGGUUCUCCCUCCGUGCAAAAUCCAACGCCUCCUCGUCAUGGCCAUCCAACCUCAUCUUCAUCUUCCCAAUCUCAGCACCAACAGAUCCAGCAACAACAACAACAACAACCUAAUCUACUCCCUUCCUCCAACGUCGCCGCCGCUUCCUCAGCCUCAGCUUCGUCGGCUAUUUCAUCCUCCGCUUUGCUAUCGCUCCUUCCGCCAUUACCGCGAGCUCAAGCUCUUCUCCAGCAGAUGGCGGUUCUGACGUCUAAGCUCUUCGACGUCUCUCCCAAUCGCGCUCUAUGGCUUUCAGCUUUCCGUGGCUCCCUCCCUUCGUUCCUCUCAUCGCACUCUUUACCACCGCCUCCGCCGCUUGAAAACCCUAAUCCUUCAUCCACAAAGGAGAUCCUUUCUCAAUUCAAUUCCCUCCAGACUCAGCUCUUCGAAGCCGUGACAGAGCUUCAAGAGAUCCUCGAUCUGCAAGACGCGAAGCAGAAGGUCGCGCGUGAGAUAAAAUCCAAAGAUUUAUCUCUUCUCGCAUUCGCCAACAAGCUCAGGGAUGCGGAGCGUGUUCUCGAUAUGCUCGUGGACGACUACUCCGAUUAUCGCAAACCUAAACGAAGCAAAACUCUAACUGAAUCCGAAAAGGAAGAAGAAGAAGAUGAUGAAAAUGUUACUUGUUCUUCUUCAACCACAGUUUCGUCUCAGCUCAAGCUAAAGGACAUUCUAGCUUACGCUCACAAGAUUAGCUACACCACAUUCGCUCCGCCUGAAUUUGGUGCAGGGCAAGCACCUCUCCGUGGUGCAUUACCACCAGCUCCACAAGACGAGCAAAUGAGAGCUUCUCAGCUUUACACCUUUGCUGAUCUCGAUAUCGGUUUACCUAAAACGGUAGAAAACAUGGAGAAGAAGGUUGAAGCACUCAUUGAGCCACCACCACCACCGCCAGAAGCUAUGGAUAUCUCAGCAAUUCAUAACCUGCUUCCACCGAACAUCGCAGUUCCUUCAGGAUGGAAACCAGGAAUGCCAGUGGAAUUGCCAAGAGAUUUACUAUUACCACCUCCUGGAUGGAAACCAGGCGACCGAGUUGUGUUACCGCCACUGGAGUCAAUCGCUGCACCCAGAGCAGAGGAUCAGCAACAUAUGCGACCUCCUCAGGGACUUCACAGACCGCCUGAUGUCAUACAGGUCCGAGCUGUCCAACUCGACAUUUUGGAGGAUGAUGAUAGCAGUGACUACAGCAGCGAUGAUGCAAGCUCAGAUGACGAGGAGUAAUCAACAUUGUGGUUGCUUCGCGAGUGAAAUCUUUUUACCUGGUUUGGUUUUGUUUAGCAUUGUUUUUAUGUGGAUAGAUGUUUAAGUAUCAGUGUCUUUGAUGUAUCAUAAUUGUUUCUUACGAGAUCAAGGAUUCUAAUUCAGUUUUUUUUUUUGUU